AUGCCCACCGCAGACAGCUCAAACUAUGCCGCAGUAGCAAAGCACGACGACGAGGCCGCCUCGCACACCCAGCCAGAGGCAUAUGAAGCCGACCUCCGGGUCUCAGUCAAAGCUCUGCGUAUAGCUGCCGCCGUCGAGCGGUCAAAGACAGAGUACAAACCAGAGCAUGCGUACACUGAAAGAAAGUGGCUGAAGCCAGAAGCAUACAGCGAGCAUCCACCAGCCUCAAAGUCUCAGGUAGACAGGCAGCGGCUAGGUGAGUCGUCCGAUUUUUCUCCUGCUCAAGAGUAUGCGGCCAGUAGCUUGUACUUCUCGGACCCACCGGAUUACUCUGGAGCUCUCGAGCUUGUGCUGCUCAAAUUUGACUCUAGUCCCAAAGCAAAACCUCUCGGUGGCCUAUCUCGCGAGCUGCUGGACAUUGGCUUGAAUGCGUCCAUCAAAUGCGGAGACAAGGAAAAGGCUCUGUUGCUGGCGAACAGCAGCAAAACUAUUUGGAAGGGCCAGUUUGCCGGCGUGGCCGCCAUUGCUGCAGAUGCCUACAUGUCAGCACUCCACUACCACGAGGCUGUCAAGCCGCUGCUCAUGACUCUAGCAGCUUUCGGAAUCCACUAUCCCAUCAUCUCCCGCCUUUCCCAGGCGCUUCAGAGAAUACUAGAAGACCGAGCUGUCAUUCGCCCGGCAACCAACCACCUUCAUGUUAUGGUAAAUCGAGCAAUGUUCCACAGGAAGGCGUCAUUUGAGCGGCCGAUCUUUCGAGAAGAGGCCGACCCAGCGUCAAAGUCAGAUAUAGCGAGCGAUCAGCCAGCAAUAGACGAAGGCAUCGCCAGAGACCCUCUCGAUACCGAAGCUGUUGCGCUGGAGCUGGAGAUGGAUGCGGAAACAAAGGCAGCCCUGAAGGCCUGCUGGAAGCGAAUGGCAAGGGGCUUGGAAGUAGAAAUGGAGCCGGACAAGUCGGUCAAAGAGCUGUAA